AUGAAAGGCCUUUUAGGCGUCUGUCUUGUGUUUUUGUGUUCCCUAGUCGUCCCUAGCUUAGGACAGGAUGUCGUCAACGGGGAUUGCCUUGAUUUUCAAGCAUUCGACUACUUUCGCUACUCUCCCGGCAUCGGCUAUGACCCCUUCAAAGGCAUCGAUGGGCCUCAAUGUGCGGAGCUGUGCUCAGAGAGCUCAAUGCCGCAUGCUGGCGUUGUCCUCAACAAGUACUGUCUCUGUGCCCGAGAGGCUGAACUUGAAGCCAUCAAGAGCAUUGCCAAAGUGACCGGCGAACUGUGCAGAACAAGUGACGACUACGUCAAGUACUUUAGAGGAAAAUCGAAAAACAAAAUUGAGAACCUCUCUGUUAGACCAAACCCUGAGGUCGCAGUCAUUGACCAGGAAGUGCUUUUUGACAUUUCCUCUUCCAAUACGAACAUUGAGUACUCGCUCGAUUACGGCGAUGGCAGUGAUCACACCGAAUGGUCAUCGGCAAAUGCGCUCCGCCAUCGCUACUACAUGUCGGGCACCUUUGUGAUUAGCGUCCACGCGAGACUGACUGAAAGGCCACAGCAAGUGGUUACCGAAAAGUCUUCAAUUCGAAUUGAAGGCGAGGUUCAGAAUGACCACCUCAACAUGACUUGCCCCACGGUGGUCGAGCCCGGUGAUCUGGUCGACUGCAACAUCACCAUCUCCAUGGGCACUCAGUUGACGAUGAAGAUGGACUUUGGUGACGGAAUCUCGACAGCCAUGAUUGACUUACCAGACAUUCCAAUCAAACCAGUUGGCAUCAGCAUCCCGCAAACUCCCACUAGCGAGUUAAUCAUUGAGACUGAUCGAGCCCAAGACAUGAAGGCGUUCGAGUUGGUCGUCACUCCAGUUCCGAUGGGCACUAUUGAUCUACUCGGCUCCAUUCUCGGCAUUGAGGGCUACGGCGCCAACUCAGGAAAAAUGGACAUUCUCAUUCUUCGAAAAGUGUGCAUGGAAGACAAAGACUGCACCGGAACGUCAGUGUCAUGUUACGAUCCGGGGGCGCUCUGUUCCUGUGCCAAGACCUGCAGCAACGAGUGCAAGCCGUUUCACAAGAAAAAGAUACAUUUCCAAAAAGUGAAAAAUUUUGAGCUAACCAUCACUGAAGGGCAGUUUUACCUUGCAUCCCACACCUCUUUCCGCAUAUUUUCCGACGAUCUCAUUGGCAUAAAGAUGCAGGACGCAAGGCUGGCUCAUCGAAAGCUGCAUCCUGGCGAAACGCCCGACUACAAAAUUGAAAUGAGCAGCGACACAAUGACAGUGUUUGACGCGUCCAAGUUUGUGCCCAUCGAAGACCGCAAGUUUUACGUUCGACUGAUUGUCAGUGAGCCGCUCACCUUCACGAUGCCUCACGUGUAUGAAAACAGUGGAAACUUUUUGAUAAAGUUUCUUCUUAAGAACACAUUUCGAGAAAAGGACAAGGAAAAGGAGAUUAGACGUGACAACUACAUUUCCAUUCAGAGCAGCAUCUCAAAGAUGCGCCUCCUAGUUACGCCGCCAAAUGCGCCCGUCGGCCAAAAGAUUGACAUAAACGUUCAGCUGAGCAAGGGCUCCAACAUCAAGCUCAUCUGGGACUAUGGAGACGGCAACCAGGUGACGGAUCACAUAUCAAUUAUUCGAAACAACCAAAAGUUCAUCAAGUCGUACCAGUACGCGACACCGGGCGUCUACUUAAUCAAAGUGACAGCCACUAACCUGCAGGGCAACACCUCAGCCGAGCAUGAGAUUGUCGUCGAGCACCCAGUGCUCAAGUACUGGAAACUGACCAACAACUCGCCGAAGCUUCUCCCUGAACCUGUCAAGUUUACCCUGUCGUAUCCUGAGGAGCAAAUCUUGCCCACCAACGCCACCAUGAUCAUCAACUUUGGCGAUACUAAGCGGCACAUCUGGAAGGUGCCAGAAGACGCCGAGGACUGGACGGGGGAGUAUGAAGUGUCUCACGUGUACGAAAAGUCGGGAGUCUUCAAUGUCGAUGUGGAAAUAUUGAACGUAGUGUCAAAGCUUCCCCGUCGAUUUCAGGUCGAUGUGAUGCGGCGAAUUAGCGGUCUUAAGGUGAAAGCAACACCCAUGGUCAACACUACGGGCCUCCCAAUUUCCAGUGAAACGCACUCAGAAAGCCUACUUCCCGUAGGGGCGUCUCUCAAGUUUGACAUAAGCGUUGAGAGCGGCGAUGUGGAGUACUAUCUGGUUCGAAUGAAUGACCAACUGUAUAAGAACACCACUUUGGACUCCUUCAAUGUGACUUUUCUGGACGCCGGCGAGUACAAUCUGACAUUCAAUGGCUUCAAUCACAUUCAAAAGCUAUCCAAGCCAAUUUACCGCCACAUUUCUGUGCUUGAACCAGUCGGCGGCCUCGAGGUGGUUGAUCUGAGCAAUGACACCACUGAGCCUGAAACGAAGCGCCUUUCCGUUGAGAUUACCCACCUGGGCACCAACUCCUGUCUGCUGGUCGAUUACGGGGAAAAGUCGCGCGAGGACUUGGCCACCUUUGGUGACGCCAUCAAUUGCCAGCGACUCUUUCCCUCCAUCAAGAGCGUUCACAAUCAGACACUGACACGAAUAAUGGAGCUAAGUAAAAAGUACUACAAGCCAAGGGACUACUUUCUCAAGUUUACACUGGCAAAUCGCCUGUCAAGAGUCGUUCGUGAGCUAAUGGUCACAGUGCUAGAAAUUGACUGCAAGCCCCCGAUAAUUCUCAUCAAGAAUCCAGUCAGCUACUGGAAGGGGGGAACUCACGUGUGGCGUUCAAAGGCAGUGCAGCUGUACUCAAAGACUCUGGUUGACUGCAAUGCCACGACGACCAUUACCCGAGGCUGGACGGCGUUCAAAUUGCACGACAUUACCGGUCAGGUGGUUAAAGCCGUUGAUCUUUCCGAUCUCGACUCGUUCAGCAAAAGUUUUCUCUAUGUGCCCGCCUUUUACCUUAAGCCAGGCUAUUACAUGUUUCAAUUUUCUCUCAACAUGACGAGCCCGAAUCCGCAUCCAGUGCUUCCCUUUUAUGCCUCUGCGAGCACUCAUGUCAAAGUGGUUCCAUCACCCAUCAUUGUCAGGCUCACUGAAGGAGCACAGUCGCGAGUUGUUCGCGGUUGGGGUCAACGCAUCACCCUAUCACCUCGCAAAUACUCAAUUGACCCUGAUGACGAACGAAACAAGUACUUUGACAUUAAGUGGUACUGCCGUCGCCUGCCCGAUGAGCAGUUUUUCAACUUACUUCCCGACGAGCGGCAAAACUUUUCCGAUCCCAUCUACGACCGGGCCAACAUUGACGAAGAAUGGGGCGACGACGACGGCGGCGGCUGCUUUGGCCACGGCCCUGGACGCAUCAACAUGAGUGAUGUCGAUGAGAUUGACUGGAACACGACUUACUUUCGCAAGCCAGACAUGUCUUACGAGCCAUCUUGGGGCGCCCUUCAGCUGGUGCUCCUCAAGUCCAAGCCGCCCUCGGUGGUGGUGCAGUGCCAGACGAAGGCUCUGUGCUAUCCCCACUAUCCGAUUGGACAGAAGAUCAACCCAGUUCGAGUAGGUCUCCUGGGCAGCUGUACCGAAUCCUGCGACGGCCCACUCGCCUACAGUUGGAACAUAUACGGGGCCGACAAUGGCAGCGAUGUGCACCUGGCGGAUGCCAAAAAGUACGUCGUUGGCUUCAACGAGCCCACCAUGGCCCUCGGCAUUGCCUUCUUUGCCGAGUACUACCCUCGCUUCAAAGACUUUUUCGUUCGCCUGACGGUGGAGAAUGAAAUCGGCCUGAAGGGUGAGUCGGACAUUUUUCUGCACAUCAACAAGCCACCCGAAGGUGGUGAGUGUUCACUGAAGAACAAGAACGUUCGUGCGCUGCUUGACAAGUUGAGCGUCAAGUGCUCAAUGUGGACUGAUCCUGAUGAAAAGCCCAUUGAGUACUACGCCUUUUGGAUUCGCAACGUGGCGGACGGAGUGCUCAGCUAUUUGAUGUACGGUCCGGACAAGGAUGUACAGCUCAUUCUGCCAUAUGGCAACUUUACUGUGGGCGCCGACAUCAAGGACAAAGAGGGUGCACUGACGCGAGUGGAGAUGACCAACCUGACGACACUGCUGCCCAGUCAAGAGGACUAUGACCAGUUUCUCUCCUCAAGAGCGCUCGACAAUACCGACGCAUCCGGGGACCAGGCGAUGAUGAGCAUGGUCGCACAGGCACUCUCUUCCCUGAUGAACAUCAACUUUGGUCGCAAGGUGCGCAAUGGUACAACCACUACGACCACCACAACCACCACGACCACUACAACUAGCUCUUAUGACUACCUGGACGAAAAUGAAAUUGAACGGCAAGCGCAGACAAAGGCACGAAUGGUCAAAUCAGUGAGUGCCAUGAUGAACGUUGACACGCUCAAUUCUCUGGAGCAAGUCGGAAGUGCUCUAACGGCACUGGCUGGCAAAGGACAAGGCGUGGACAAUGAAGCAAAGGAGGUAAUCAUCCAGCUACUCAAUAAAACAGUGACGAUGGCGCAGAGUAUUCAGGUGGAAUCACCUGAGCAGCUGCUUGAUUUCUGUCGCUUUGCCGUGGGAACCAUGGGUGGCAUUGUUAGCCGAAUGACGGAGCAAAUUGUUUCCGGGAUUGUCCUCCCCACUGACCAGACGAAAGCUUGGAGCCUGGAUUACAAAGUGGAAGUCCCGGACGUUGACGAUGAGCCAGACUACAUUAUGGACGCCAAAACAUCGGUAGAGGAUGCACUGAAAAAGGCAGUCAUCCGGGCGGAAAGAAUGGCCGGUGAAAAACAAAUUCAACAAAUGGUCGACUUGACAAUCGAACUUGUACUGGCCAUCCUCAAGAACAUCGUAGUCGGCGAGGAGCCGAUUCAGCUAAUUUCGCCCAGCGGACUGACCAUGACCAUUGCCAUGUACCCGAAAGGCUCCAUCUCCAACAAGGUCAUCAAGCACGGCGGAUCAACGUACGUCUUUCCGCACGUCUGCGACAUUCUGGUGAACACAGAGUGCUUCGGCAAUGAGACGCUCGGAGUGUUGGCCGUCUCCUGGCCAUCUAUUUUGCAGUCUUUCGGGAACAGCGUCGACCUGCUGUCUGAAGACACAAAGACCUUGCAGUUGUUAGUCAUCAACCAGUCACUGUCCAUUGUCGACGUGCGCAACACCACCAACCCCUUCAGCAUCAUUGUCCCACGAAAAUCGGGCGAAGCUGCAGAGGCCGCCGGCGAAGAGAACACUCUUCCCGAGCCAACCCACGUCACACCCAGGCCCAAGUUUUACGAGUCAAUGGUCUACCAUCAGGUGAUGGUGGAAAAGGCAGACUCGGCGGUGAACAUUGAGAUCAACCCGAGCAACAAUGAUUCGGAGAUUCUGCUGUACAUCAAGUUUCGCGAAAAGCCGCUCUUUGACCACUACGACAUGCUCAUUCCGCUGCGAGCUGUAAAGACCUGCAAUGGCGAGUCGUACGACAUUUUCCUCUCGAACCAGGUCAUCAAAAACCAAACCGGUUUCCUCUAUGUGGGAGUAGUCGAGGUGGACAGAGAAGAGCUGCUCAAGUCGCCGGAGAGUUAUGUCCUCGAUGAGAUCAUCAUCAACGAGGACGUCACCGCCAACUACAGCAUUACCAAUUACACAGUGCCCGGCCUGAUGCGCGACUACACCACCAACUACUCUAUGCGAAUCUUUACCUCUGGAUGCUACUUCUACGAUUACCAACGCAAGAUUUGGUCAGCUGAGGGCUGUCUCGUUGAGUCGGCCAACUACGCAAUGACUCACUGCAAGUGUAAUCACUUGACCUCAUUUGGCUCGGGCUUCUUUGUAAUGCCUAACUCGAUCGACUUCUCCUACGUGUUCGCCAAUGCCGGCUUCUCCGACAAUGUGACCAUCUACAUGACCAUUGUCAUCACCCUCAGUCUGUACGCCUUGAUGAUGGUGUGGGCGCGCAAAGAGGAUCGCAAAGACUUGAUGAAGUUAGGCUCGACGCCGCUGCCUGACAAUGAGGCCACAGCCAAGUACCUCUACGAGAUUAUCGUCUACACUGGGGACAAGGACGGCGCAGCGACCGACUCCAAGGUUAGCUUUAUCCUUUCGGGCGAGGAUGAAGAGACCGGCGUUCGUCGACUGGAGGAUCCUUUCAGAACUCCUUUCCGGCGAGGCGAAACGAACUCCUUUGUGAUGGCUGUUCCCAAAAAGCUGGGCCGACUCAACUACAUUCGCAUCUGGCAUGACAACAGCGGUGAGGGCAAGUUCCGCAGCUGGCUGCUCAGUUUCAUUGUCGUCAAGGACGUGUACACCGGGGAAAAGUACGAGUUCAUCUGCAACAAAUGGCUGGCAGUUGAAAAGGACGACGGCCUCAUUGACCGACUGNAUCUGGCAUGA